CUGUGGAUCAAAAAGAUGGAUGUGAGCGAAGCUAUGAAGAAGCGAAACGACGUUGCGAUGAUCUUCUCCAAGCACGUCUUAUCAUCUUCCGUGUCUAACGUCGUCUUUUCGCCGGCGUCAAUAAACUCUGUGAUCACCAUGCUCGCCGUUGGUCCCGGAGGUGACUCAGUCGCCGGUGAAAUCCUCUCCUUCCUCAGAGCUUCUUCAAUCGAUGAGCUCAAAGCCGUCUUCCGCGAGAUCUCCUCACUCGUCUUCGCCGACCACAGCGCGAGCUGAAGCCCCAAGAUCACUGCAGCGAAUGGCCUCUGGAUCGACAAGUCACUUCCCAUUGAUCCCAAGUUCAAGGAUAUCUUCGAGAAUCUCUUCAAUGCUAUCUACGCUCCAGUAGAUUUCCGAUCAAAGGCUGAAGAAGUGCGUCUAGAGGUGAAUUCAUGGGUUGAAGACAAUACCAAUAAUCUCAUCAAGGAUCUUCUUCCUUACGAUUCCGUCACAAGCGUAACCAACAAGAUUUUUGCAAACGCAUUGUAUUUCAAGGGAGCUUGGGAAACGCCAUUUGAUAAGUACAAUACAAGAGACGAAAAUUUUCACCUUCUCAAUGGCGAAACAGUGUCUGUGCCAUUCAUGAGCAGCGAUGAGGAUCAAUACGUUGGAGCUUAUGAUGGUUUCAGUCUCCCUUAUAGACGAGGCAAUGAUGAUACCAAUCGAGAAUUCUCAAUGUAUUUCUAUCUCCCGGACAAAAAGGAUGGUUUGAAUGAUCUUGUGGAGAAGAUGUCAUCUACUCCUGGAUUCGUGGAUAGUCACACUCCGAGUUACCAAACGGAAGUUGCAGAAUUCAGAAUUCCAAAGUUUAAGAUCGAAUAUGGGUUUGAAGCUUUAAAAGUUUUCCCUGAUUUGAAGCUCAAUGACCUGUUAUUGUUGUACCAUAAAGCUUGUGUUGAAGUUGAUGAAGAAGGUGCUGAAGCUGCAGCUGCAACUGCUAUGAUGGAAGGCUGUUGUUGUUACGAGGAGCCUCCUAAGAGGAUAGAUUUUGUGGCUGACCAUCCAUUUAUUUUCUUGAUUAGAGAAGACAAAACCGGAAUCGUUUUGUUCGUUGGUCAGAUCAUUGAUCCUUCCAAAUCUUCUUCUGCUUAG